AUGGCGUCUCGACCAUGGCAUCCGUCAACCUGGCGCUCAAAGCCCAUCAAGCAGUCCCCCGCCUAUCCCGAAGCUGAAAAACUUUCCCGGGUCGUCAAGGAGCUCUCACACAUGCCACCAAUUGUUCACCCAAACGAGAUUCUUGCUCUCAAGGCACACCUCUGUGAUGUUGCUCACGGCAAAGCUUUCCUUCUUCAAGGCGGUGAUUGCGCCGAACUCUUUGACUAUUGCGAACAAGGCGCCAUAGAAUCCAAGAUCAAACUCCUCCUGCAGAUGAGCGUCGUCCUCAUCUGGGGCACCAACAAGCCAGUCGUCCGAAUUGGUCGUAUGGCCGGCCAGUAUGCCAAGCCGCGCUCCAGCCCGACGGAAAUACAUCAGGGCAAGGAGAUUCCAAGUUUCAGGGGUGACAUCCUCAACGGACAUCAUGUUGACGAAAGAGACAUUGAUCCUAGCCGACUGAUGAAGGCCUAUCACCAUUCCGCCGCCACCUUGAACUACAUCCGCUCCUCCAUUGCCUCCGGGAUUGCUGACCUCCAUCGUCCCUUUGAUUGGGGCCUCGGCCAUGUUCGAGAUCCCGCCCUGAAGGAAAAGUACUCAACCAUCGCCAACAGUAUCCAGCAGACGCUCCGUUUCUUGGAAGCUAUCAAGUCUCGUCCAGAUGAGUUGCAGACUGUAGAGCUAUUCACUAGCCACGAAGGCUUGUUGCUGGAGUACGAAGAGCCUCUCACCAGGCUUCUUGAGGCUACAUCAGCUCACGCAACCCCUCCGGCAAGCAGUAGGGCACCAUCUCCCCUGCCACCCAGUCAAGACGACAACAAGCCCAGCAUAAAGCAAGCUUACUACGAUACCUCGGCACACUUCAUCUGGAUCGGAGAUCGGACAAGGCAGCUGGAUCACGCUCAUGUGGAAUUUUUUCGGGGCGUUGCCAACCCCAUCGGUGUCAAGGUUGGUCCUACGACGCCGACAUCUGACCUUCUUGACCUCCUGAGGACUCUCAAUCCUGAUCGUGAACCCGGCAAAAUCACUCUGAUUACGCGAUAUGGCGCCCAAAAGGUUGGAGAAUUGUUGCACAAGCAUAUACGUGCUGUGGAGGACUCGGAAUACCGUCGCUGUGUGGUCUGGCAGUGCGACCCGAUGCAUGGAAAUACACUAUCCACUCCAUCAGGCAUCAAGACCCGCCGCUUCAACGACAUUUACAAGGAGCUGCAGGAGUCGCUUCGUAUUCACAAAGAACAAGGGAGCUACCUUGGCGGCGUUCAUCUAGAACUUACGGGUGACGCUGUCACCGAGUGCUUGGGUGGCAGUGAGGGUUUGGAAGAGGAUGAUUUGUCCACGAACUACACAUCGUUUUGCGACCCCAGACUCAACGAGAAACAAGCUCUCGAGCUGGCGUUCCUAAUCGCAGAUCAUUUUUCUCGAGAACAAGAAACUAGGAGAUGA